AUGGAUCUUCAGCACAGUGUAGAUGAUUUGCUUGGUCGAGUGCUGGAUAUGGACGCCACAGCCAGGGACACUUGGGUUCGGUUAGAGAAGCACUUUCUCAGCAAUAAACAGACCAGGGCAGGAGCACUGGAAAUCAAGUUCGUUAACCUCACGCUGGCUGUAUGUUCUUCUAUGGACGAUUACUGCCAACAACUUAAACACUUGGCAAAUAAACUGGCUGACGUUGAUAAGCCAAUCACUGAACCCAGGCUCGUUUUACAACUUGUUCGGGGACUUUCUCAGGAGUUUGACACUACUGCUCAGUUAAUUCACUCUCAAAAGGCUGAUUGGGAUCUUGCUAGAACGAUGUUAAAUGAUGAAGUCAUACGCCAAGAGGCAAGAAAACAAAAGAAUACUUUUGUUCUGGUUGCACCAGCCGCUGCAGCCGCAAAUAACUCCACUGCAGCCGCCCACAACAAUCAGCAACCACCUGUUAAUCACCAGCAAACGGACCCGAAUCAGCAGCAAUAUUAUCGGCCAAGAGGUCAUGGCCGAAAUCAAUCAGGUCGCGGUAGAGGAGGACGCAGACGCAGCUCACAGGGUUAUUCUUGUUCAACCACAUGGGCUUUUCAAAACCAAACAGGGCAGCCCACUUACCCACAGUGGGCCUGGUGGAACAUUCCACCAUGUCCUUACCCAACCCAAUAG